CGCAUCAGCUGAUGAAUAGCGGGUCUGUCUUUGCAGCAGCAGUGUCUCCCACCCCAGAAGUCUGUAGGCACAGACGGGCCUGGCUGAAGAGCCCACGCAAACGACAGGCACUCAGAGAGUGGAAAGUGGCCCCGUGGCAGCAAAGAUGGAGUCAGACAGAGGAAUCGUCCGCCUUCAACACCGGCGCUCAGUCCCCCGAGGGAACCAGGCCAUCAACCUGAACCACUAUGCCACCAAGAAGAGUGUGGCGGAGAGCAUGCUGGACGUGGCGCUCUUUAUGUCCAAUGCCACUCGGCUGAAGUCGGUGCUGGAGCAGGGGCCAUCCUCCCAGUACUACACCACCCUCAUCACCCUCAUCAGCUUCUCUCUGCUCCUGCAAGUGGUCAUUGGCAUUCUUCUUGUGGUCAUUGCCAGGCUGAACCUGAAUGAGGUAGGAAACCAGUGGCGUCUAAACCAGCUCAACAAUGCUGCCACCACCUUGGUCUUCAUUACUGUCGUCAUCAACAUUUUUAUCACCGCUUUCGGGGCACACAAGGCAGGCUCCAUGGCUGCCAGGACCUCCAGCAAUCCUAUUUAAUCUCUGCUUAGGUCCAGGAGCUGGGUCUGGAACUGCUUUGAACCUUUGACCGGGACCUGUCAAGCUUACUAGCACCUUCCACAGCCUCCAAGAGAGCUUCAAGGGCAAAGAAGAUGCCCCAGCUUCCUGCUAGCAGCACCUGAAUUACGCUGUGAGCUCCUUUACUGGCCUGGAGGCCUGAGCUCUGGCUCUGCACUAGGCAUCCUUCUCACCAGCAGCAGUAACUGGGUUUGUUAAG